CCACAAAUAUCAUCGUCUAUGUAUUCACGUCACAUACCGUAUUUAUACCACAUCACUUACGUCACUGUAGACUCACGCGAAACCCAACAAAAGUCCAUAAAAGAAAAAAUAAAAAAAAUAAAAUAGCUAUUAUCACAUUCAUCAACACAAAAGAUACCCAGAGAGACAUAAGAAAGAAAGAGAGAGAGAGAUACUUUGGUCAUUUCAGGGUUGUCGUUUCUCUCUCUUGUUCUUGAGAUUUUGAAGAGAGAGAGAUAUGGGAAGAGGUAGGGUUCAGCUGAAGAGGAUAGAGAACAAGAUCAAUAGGCAAGUUACUUUCUCAAAGAGAAGGUCUGGUUUGCUCAAGAAAGCUCAUGAGAUCUCUGUUCUCUGCGAUGCUGAGGUUGCUCUCAUCGUCUUCUCUUCCAAAGGCAAACUCUUCGAAUAUUCCACCGACUCUUGCAUGGAGAGGAUACUUGAACGCUAUGAUCGCUAUUUAUAUUCAGACAAACAACUUGUUGGCCGAGACGUUUCACAAAGUGAAAAUUGGGUUCUAGAACAUGCUAAGCUCAAGGCAAGAGUUGAGGUACUUGAGAAGAACAAAAGGAAUUUUAUGGGGGAAGAUCUUGAUUCGUUGAGCUUGAAGGAGCUCCAAAGCUUGGAGCAUCAGCUCGAUGCAGCUAUCAAGAGCAUUAGGUCAAGAAAGAACCAAGCUAUGUUCGAAUCCAUAUCUGCGCUCCAGAAGAAGGAUAAAGCCUUGCAAGAUCACAACAAUUCGCUUCUCAAAAAGAUUAAGGAGAGGGAGAAGAAAACGGGUCAGCAAGAAGGACAAUUAGUCCAAUGCUCCAACUCUUCUUCAGUUCUUCUGCCUCAAUACUGCGUAACCUCCUCCAGAGAUGGCUUUGUGGAGAGAGUUGGGGGAGAGAACGGUGGUGCAUCGUCGUUGACGGAACCAAACUCUCUGCUUCCGGCUUGGAUGUUACGUCCUACCACUACGAACGAGUAGAACUAUCUCACUCUUUAUAAUAUAAUGAUAAUAUAAUUAAUGUUUAAUAUUUUCAUAACAUUCAGCAUUUUUUUGGUGACUUAUACUCAUUAUUAAUACCGAUAUGUUUUAGCUAGUCAUAUUAUAUGUAUGAUGGAACUCCGUUGUCGAGACGUAUGUACGUAAGCUAUCAUUAGAUUCACUGCGUCUUAAGAACAAAGAUUCAUAUCUUGGUAAUGAUUUCUCAUGAAUAAUUAAUGUAACUUUUACUUUUUAAACUGUGGUGAACGCAAUAUAUCAAUAUUCUAUCAUUUGUAAAUGCG